AUGGCGGCCUUGGCCUGUGCAUCUAAUGUGCGCCGCCUCCUCCUCCACCCCGGCGCCGGAGCUCCGGCGAGAUCCUUCUACGCCCAGCCCUACCAAGCCAAGGUAGGCGUGGUGGAGUUCUUGAAUGGGGUCGGGAAGGGGGUGGAGACGCACGCCGCGAAGCUGGAGGAGGCCGUAGGAGGCGAUCUCCAGAGGCUGCUCGAGACCCGCACGCUACGGCUCAAGAAGCUCGGCGUCCCCUGCAAGCAUUUUCACAGAAGGCUUGAUGUGGUUUUGCUGGCUGCGCCCGGUUUCUUCGGGCAUUUUCGUUGUGUAAAUGUAUAG